AUGAUAAAACCAGAUGAGCAUUUUGUGUUGACCAUCAACGGAGAUAUCACGACAAGCCACGCCAUUGAUCGGGAUGUGGUUUGCAGUAAAUUGGAUUGCUGCGAUCGACUAAUCUGUUACAUGUAUGCGGAAGCCUAUUUCUUCACCACUCGAUCACAUCCCCUCGUAUUUAAUGUGACCUUUACUUUCUCGGAUGAAAAUGACAAUCCCCCCAAGUUUGAUGUACCCCAAGAGAAUUUGGUGAAACUUCCAGGCUGGAUACCUGACCAAUAUCGAGAGCUCCCCUUUUUACACUUAUCAGUGCCUGAAUCGGUCAGGAUAAACUCUAAACUGUCUCUUCCACUAGCGACUGACCUCGACUCAAUUGAUUUCGGAAUUAACUCAUAUGAGUUGCAGCCGCUUCAUAUGAACACCACUUCCUCGGUUAGUCCAUUUCGACUGGUCCAUGAGAGAUCUCGCCUUGGAGCCGAAACUCUAGCAUUGAUUACUGGUCGAAGCCUCGAUCGUGAAGAGCAGGAUAACUACUGGUUUUUGUUAUUAGCACUGGGAAGUGGGUCGCCACCUCUCUCCGGUAGUCUGUUACUUCAAAUUCAAGUGGAUGACAUAAAUGACCACGCUCCCAUUUUCCAACGGCCCUUAUCAAAGUCGGGCCACACUAUUGAAUUGCCCGAGAAUACUCCUGUUGGACAAGUGGUUUACAGCUUUAAGGCAACGGAUCAAGAUGUGGGAGACAAUGGAAAGUUAACUUUUGCAGUCAACUACGGUGCCAGUCUACCGAGAACUUCAGUCCUUGUCAACAAGUGGGUGUUGGACCCAGUAACUGGUGAUCUCUCAGUCGCUGGUGUCCUCGAUUAUGAACACAAAGAAGACAGAAAAUUUGUACUCUGUUUGCUUGCUAAGGAUGGCGGCAAUCCUCCCCUAACCGCAACAACAAUAUUCACCAUACUUAUCACCGAUGUGAAUGAUAAUCCGCCUGUAAUUGAGGUGAAGUCUACGGGGGAGCAGGGAGACAACGAGAGCCAUUUUGACAUAGAGGAGAAUGAUGGCGAAAUUAGGCUUCUCAAACUCAUAUCCGUAAGCGAUCCCGACUCUAACUCUGAGGAGAGUAUAUCGUGCCACCUUAGUAAAAGCCGUAACGAUUUUGCUCUUAAAAAGUACAGUUCUCUACUCUACGGCCUGUUUAACAGUCGAGCAUUUGACUUCGAGAGAAAUGUUGAUGCAGAUGGAUACUUAAACGUCGAUCUCUCAUGCACAGAUAAUGGUACGCCUUCUCUUACCUCCGGGUUGACCAUCCGGGUGAGUCUCCGUGACCUUAACGACAAUUGUCCACAGUUUGAGUACCAGACAUUCACUUUCAGUGUGCAGGAGGACAUCCCGAUUGGGUCAGAGAUUGGUCGAAUAGUCGCGCGAGAUGCUGAUAGCGGCCCGAGAGGCAGACUGAGCUAUUGGCUUGGUGCUGAUGAUCCAGACGACCUUGAUCUUGUAGAUAUUGACCGAGAAACAGGAAGAAUUACUACAAAAGUUGCAUUGGAUCGAGAGGAGAAGGAGAUACUUAAUUUUCACGUAACAGCUGCCGAUGGAGGAAAUCUAGACGUUUAUCAGGAGUUCGAGGGAAUUCCCAGAGAGGCAAAAACUAACACUACUACUAUCACUAUUCAUUUAUUGGAUGCAAACGACAACGCACCGCAGUAUAUGGGUGAGAAGGAGGUUCAUGUACGUGAGAAUAAUGAAGAGGGUUUCGUAAUUCUUGACAGUCUUCCCUUUCGAGACAAUGACUUAGGGGAGAAUGGGACUGUUCGGUUAUUUGUCACCGACUAUGGUUACGAUGCUGUGGAACAUCUUAUGCCCUCUCAUUCUAGCGGAAUGUUUUCUCUACUCAAUGAUAAACAGUUAAUUUUGACUGUAUCAGUUGAUCGAGAGCAAAAUCCCCAUAUCUUUUUGAGAAUAAUCGCGAUGGAUGGAGGACAAGCACGACAGCUAACCAGUACCACGACUCUUACUGUCAUUGUAGAUGAUGAGAACGAUAAUUAUCCCCAGCUCACACACCCACCGAAUGCCACUAUGCUUCCUAAUCCCAAUAACCACUACGAAACAAUCGAUGACCACGAGAGUCGAACAAUACCCGUGGACACACCCAUCGGCAGCCUUAUAACCACUUUGAGGUCUCGUGAUCUGGACUCCGGCGAUAAUGGACGCGUUUCUUACUACAUUCGAAGAGCAGAACCCCAUGAACUCUGGUUUCCCACACACCAAAGCCAUGUGGGACAUGACGUGGAGGGCUCUUUACAGAAACACAAGCUAGUUGCAGAUGGUAAUCAGUACUUUAAAAUUGACGAGGUAGAUGGUCAUUUAAGGACCGCUUGGUUGUAUGGGAGCCAAAAUAAUCACGUGAGUAGGAACAUUACAGGAAUACCACUUUCUCCACCGUCGUUUGGUGUGCACGUUAUUGUUGUGGAACUCAGAGACGCUGGAAAUCCGUCUUUGACAACGCGGGUGGUACUUUAUGCUAACAUCACCGAGGCCGUGAAUUUGGGCCUCUUUGGACUCUCGGGAUUUGGAUUCGGUGAAGCCGGUCUGGGAAACACUGUGAUCUUGAUUCUCAUAAUCAUUUGCAGUUUUGCUCUUAUAAUCAGUCUUACAGCCGCAAUAUUUUGGGUACGACUUAAAGUCUACACGACUAAUGGUCAGUCCAAUCAGGCAAACUGUAUCAAAUACCAGACAAAAAGUGUCAGUGUUUAUCAAGAUGGUCUGUCAAAAAAUCCUUGUGACGGUGGACUUGGUUAUCUGGAUGGCGCGGGGACAUUUAAGCCGUUGGAAGGCAUUCGAUGGAGUACUCCAAACGUUCUCGAUCCGUUAAGAUACACAGUACACACCCCUCCAAACAUUGGAGCUCAGGACAACAGUGGUAGCCUAACAUUUAUUGGGAAAUCACCGAACGGGUAUCUGGAAUCCGAGGAGGUGCAAAUGCUUCCGAUGAUUCACCCCACUGAAGCCAGUGGCAUGGUGAUGCGAGGUUAUGAUCAGUUAAUUAUGGGAAAUAGUGAACGAUAUGAGCUUUGCUUCCCAGAGGCCGUUUUACCUAACUUUGCCCAACUGCAUGCGGGCUCGACAGAGAGUGACAGUGGAAUGGACAGUGGGGGCUACAUGAUUGGACAUGCGUCAUCACCCUCUCCCGAGGGGGCCACUGAACAUCCCUUGGAGCCAGCGCCCGAGCUAAGUGUCCCUUCGACUUUUAAGCCCUCUCAUAGUCGUGCUUUCGUCCAUUUGACCACCGGAUGCAGCACAAUAGCAGUUGAUGUAAUUAGGCAGAGUCCUGUCAAACAGAUCCUGCUUGGAACAACCUGCAACGCCAUGGACUUGGGUGGUCUUUUCAAAAGUCUCGGCUACAUUCCCCGCGAUUCUGCUAAAACUGGGAAACUCCCAACGAUGUCAAAGCUAAUGAUGUAG